GAAAUUUGUAAAUGGUGCUUCUUACACCUUUUUUCUUCCAAUAAACAAGUUCAGUGCAAGCUCCACCCACUCAUGCCUUGAUCCCGUGUAUUGGGAAGAUCUGCCAGAGAAUGAGUACGGUGAAAGGAGACUGAAUUGUCACAACUAUGAUCCCGAAACGAAAAGCCGAUAUCGAUGGAGAUUCAAUGGAUCGAGCAUUCUUCCAAAGCACACUGGAACACAUAAGGAAGAACUCAUAUUUGACAAAGGAUCGAAUGCAUACCGCGCUCUGUUCGCUGGAGAAUACAGUUGUUGUAUUCACGAGUCACUUGGAAGGGCAUGCUAUACGCAGCGGCUACUACUUAGAGCUUUAGAUCCUCCAGAAGAAAUUGGAGUGGACCUGACUGAUUCGGAGGUUUUAUAUGCAAAAGAAGGAAACUCGUACAAUCUACGUUUGGCUAAGAGCAAACUCAUGGAGGAGUUACGGUGUAAUCUCAAUAACCAUUCAACACCGGAAAAUGUUAUUCCAUUAGUAACAAAACGAAAAACCGCAAACCAUCAUCUCAAAAUUGAACACAUCUCGGCCGACAACGUUGGAGAGUAUAAUUGUACCUUACGACUCUACAAAAAGGUUCAAUUUCUUCAUAUUACAGGACUAUCGCACAAAGAAGUUCUCCGUCGUACUUGGAUCCGAUCCACAGCUUUCUUCUGCCUUCAAUCUUCCAUUGACGUUUUCUAUCGGAUGUAUUGUUUCGUUGAUGAUCUUGCUAGUAUAAAAAAGUGGGUUCUGCCAUAA